AUCCCUUCCUCAAGAAAGACUUGUGUUUCUCUUAAAGCGAGAUUGAAGGAUUUCACUCACACGUUCAAUGUUUUGAGAGAUUCAUAUGGUGUUUUCUAGGUAUUUUCAUUGACUUGUCAAAAACUCAAAUUUUGUGCGUCACUUCAAGCCAGCUGCUCAAUUUGCUAUAAGACCGGCACAGGUAUUAGCAACUAUUGUUGGGGUGCAGCUCCGUUGAUAUUCUUGGAGGAUAACAGAUUUUCCAGUGGCAAACAUUUUUUCGGCCAAUACAGUGAAGAAUUUUGCCAAACUAUUUGACAUCAAUCAUCUAGACUAGAAGAAAGAGAUACGACCACACUGGGUACUCCACGAAUAAGAAAAAAAAAAGAAAACUGCUGAGGUUGCUUCAGCUAAGUCUGAGAGUGCUAAAAUGGUGAUCACCAAACCAAGUGAUGCACCAACGGAAACACCUAAAAACAGUAAGUGCCUUAGAACAACAAAUGAGGAGCUAAAACAGGAAAUAAAAAUAUUCUGUGAAAAAGUUAAUUCAUACAGUCAGUUAUUAAUAGAAAAAGAUAGAUUGAUUGAGCAACUUGUGAACGAGAACACUAGAUUUCAAGAUCAGUUGAAUUUAUUGUCGGCAAAUAUUACUGAAAAAGAAACUGUAGUUGGCUCGCUCAAGAAACUGAAUACCAGUAUUGACAUAAUUGAAAAAUCAAGUAUGACAAGCACUUCGUAUUCGCAAAUUGUAAAAAAGACCUAUGCUACAAACAGCAAGGAAAUCCCAUUGAAAAGCAUAGUGAUUAUACCAAGCCAGCAACAAAAAAAGCCUCAAGACGCGUAAAGAUCUAGACAAAAACUUAAGCUUCUCUAAACUUCAAAUCACAAUUGACGACGUGAAGAAUUUUAGAAACGGUGGUGUGGAAACUAAGGUCCACGAAAGUAAUCAAGCCCAGUUAAAGGAAGAAGAUAUUAAGAUAAAUUUUAUUAAGUAUAUUGCACAAAAAAAAUUAUAUUAUUUACGCAGAGGUCACAGG